CCUAGCUAGAUUCUAGACCGUCUUUCUCCGUUCCUCUCUUUUUUCCUUGACUCACUAUAGACGGUCGAUAGUUUCUUUCAAUAACAGGCUCUUCAAUUAUUUGAUAUUGUCUACCCAUCACUUUCUCUGUCUACCUCUCUUUACUCUUUCUACUACUACUACUAAAUUUUCAAUGGAGCAGUAUAGCAUUCUGGGAAGAAUUGGAGAAGGUGCUCAUGGCAUUGUUUUAAAAGCUAAAUACAUUGAGAGUGGGGAAGUUGUAGCACUAAAAAAAGUUCCUCUCAGAAAUCCAGAAGAAGGCAUUCCAAACACGGCAUUGAGAGAAAUAAAAGCACUUCAGCAAAUAGAAAAUAACCCUUAUGUCGUGAGACUGCGAGAUGUUUUCCCUCAUGGUUCUAUGAUUGUGUUUGUCUUUGAGUACAUGUUGUCAGAUUUAUCAGAAGUCAUUCACAAAGUAGACAAGCCUCUGACUGAAGCUCAGGUCAAAUCAUACAUGCUCAUGUUGCUCAAGGGAAUAGCAUUCUGCCAUGAAAAUAAUAUCAUGCACAGAGAUUUAAAGCCAGCUAAUUUGUUGAUAAGUUCAACUGGCCACCUUAAAAUAGCAGACUUUGGGUUGGCCAGAGUUUUUCAAAAUCAAGGGGAACGCCUUUAUAGCCAUCAAGUAGCUACAAGGUGGUAUAGAGCACCUGAGUUACUGUAUGGAGCAAGAAAAUAUGAUGAAGGAGUAGAUUUAUGGGCUGUGGGGUGCAUUUUUGGAGAACUACUGAACAACACUCCAAUUUUUCCAGGAGAAACUGAUAUUGAACAGCUAUGCUUGGUGAUCAGAGUACUGGGAACUCCUAAUGAAAAAAACUGGCCUGGAAUGUCAAAAUUAGACUUGCCAGAUUUUCAUAAAAUUUCAUUUCCUGAGAAUGCUCCUAUUCCAUUAGAAGAAAUUGUUCCAGAUGCUUCAACAGAGGCAUUGGAUCUACUCAAACAGUUCCUAGUGUACCCCAGCAAACAAAGAAUAGCUGCUAAAAAGGCAUUACUUCAUCCCUAUUUUUUUACUGAACCACUGCCUGCCCACCACUCUGAACUACCCAUACCUCAAAGGUCAAACAGAAGAAGUGGCUUACAGUUGAAACAUCAAGCCCAUGACUACAAUUUGGACAUUCCUAUUAUGGAUUCACUUAUUGAACCUUCACUAUUAGCACCACAUGUCAAUAAAUAAAAUGUUAAAAUUUU